AUGUACGAACCCUAUGAUAAGGAUUGGGCAGAAUCAGUCAUAGAGGAGUGGGGCACAGGAAUCAGAGGCCAAAGAAUUAAGGAGCAGCAGAGGAGGAAGGGGACAGGGGAGGGACAGGGAGAAAGCAAAAGACCCGAGAGAAGAGGGGAGGGGCAGACAAGGAACAAGGCAGAGGCAAAACAGCAGGAAGGGAAGCAAGGGUCAAGGGACGGAAAAAAAAAAGGAAAAAGGAGAGAAGAACAAAGCAAGGGAGCGAGGAAAGACAAGAAAAGGGAGACAGGGAGACAGGGGGGGACAAGGAAGAGGGACAGCACAGAAAAGAGAAGGGAAAGGCAGGGGCAAGUGGCAAGGCAGAGGCAAGAAAAAGAACAGGUGGGGCAGCCGAGAAAAGACAGCAAGCAAAACGAAGACAAACACGAAAAAAGGACACAGGGGAGGAAGAACAAGAAGGGGGCACAAGGCAGGCAAGAAAGGCAAGCAAAAGAAAAAAAGCAGCAAGACAAAAGAAAAGGGAAAGGACAGGGGCACAAGGAAAAGAGAUAG